AUGAUCAACACAGAGGCAAGCAACUUCAGCACCGUAUACACCGUGAUGAAACUUGUGCAAAACAUUUGUGAUACAAUGGGACAGUGCGAAUCAGUUAUCACUUUUGAUCUGGCCCUCUAUGCAAAAGCCGAGCAGUUACAGAUGAAAUACACAGGGGAGUUUAAAAACACUGUUAUCAGAAUGGGCAGCUUUCACAUUGCCUUAAACUACCUGUCUCUCUUUAGAAGAAAGUAUGCAAAUUCAGGCUUGGAAGACCUGCUGAUUGAAUCUGGGGCAUCUAGGCAGCUGUUACCACCUCCGUUUUGA